UUGUCCCAUCUCAACAUAAAACCUCCAUCUCUAACCCUCUCCUCUCUUCCCCAAACUCAUUUCCUUCACCCUCUGCAAGUUCUGUCGCCGGCUCAACCCGACCCAGAAGAAAGAAUGGCCAAGUCCAAGAACCACACCGCUCAUAACCAGUCCUAUAAGGCUCACAAGAACGGCAUCAAGAAGCCCAGAAAGCACCGCCACACUUCCACCAAAGGGAUGGAUCCCAAGUUUUUGAGAAACCAGAGGUAUGCAAGGAAGCAUAACAAAAAGGGUGAUGAAGCUGCCAGUGGGGACGAGUAGAUUUCCAGAAACUAGAAUGAGGCCUUGUUUUUAGCUAUUUGAAGUUUUUUGUUUUUGUUUUAUUUUAUUUUUGUCAAUUUUAAAUUGGGACAGGAUUAUUCUACUGUGUUGAGCUACGAUUAAUGGAAGAAUAUUUGGCUCUAUUUGUGUUGUUGUACGAGCUCAAUUAACCCAGCUGCAGUUCUGCUGGAUUACUAGAUUACUACCUAUUUUACCAAGAAUGAUCUUUGAUUGAAUUUUC